AUGGCUCAACCGGUGAAUGCUGCUGCGCCAUCCACUGCUGCUCCUGCAGGUGAAGGCAUGAUGACUGAUGACCAGCGCUUCCUCCUGACCGUCAUUUUUGGAACGUACUUUGGGCCCCAACUCAAAGGUGAAAGCCCACCCUACAAGUCGGCAAUGCAGAGGGUACGUGAGAGAUUGCCACGGUAUACUCAUGAUCAGCUGGCUGGGUCCCAGAUGAUGGUGGUGCAAAUGAUACAUGCGUAUUAUCACAUACUUAGGAAGGCCGAUAAAUCGGUCGUACUGGCCCUAUCAUUUUUGCGCAAGUUCCUCCAUGACACACUUCCAGCCAAAGUGCUUGGUCCUACUAGCAAUUACCCUCGGUUCACCGACCUCUUUCCAAUUGACCUGCAUCCCUGGUCUUUUGUCGAGGAGCGGUUUAUGGCGAUAGACAAUGUUGUCUUCAUCGAUAACCCGAGCACCUCUUUCCUCAGGGAAGAGGUAGUUGCAAGGUUCAAGAGUUUGACUGGGCUGCAGGAGUUCAUUCUUGAUAAAGACGUGGCCAUACUACCUGCUUAUGUCACCGACAAAUCGUUCUAUGAAGUGGUAGCAAGGGACGCGCAAUCAGAGGGACAGUCUCAUUUUUCAUGCCUUCUGGUGGUUCUCACCGAAGAAGAUGCAAGAGCUCAACUUGAUGGUAGGGUGGUGUUUUCUCCACUCAAUACGACGGAGGUGCAAUAUCGUGGUGCUGCAGCCGCCUGUAGUGCCGGAGUCGGAGUGGCUGGGAAUGCAGACGUGAGGCUUACAGGAUCCACCACCUGGCGUGUGAACCUUGCGGAGUCUGAAGACUGUUACCUGUUUCAGGUGUCACUUCCAGGGGUCAGAAGAGAUCAAACAUUUGGUUGGGAAGUUGACAUGAGCGGCGAGGUCUUAAUUGAAGGAGAGACUGCCACGAGUGGGCAGGUGGUUGAGAGCAGAACAGGAAGCCUCUGUCCAUCCGGACACUUCUCUCUCUGUUUUCAGCUGCCCAGUCGAGUCGAUCCCAGACUGUCCAACUGCAACUUUGGCUCAGAUGGGAUCUUCGAAGGAGUUGUGAAGAAGCUGAUCGACAAUUGA